AUGAAAAAAUUAACUUUCAUCUUAGGCCUGUUGGCCCUUAUUUCACAUUUCAUGCCCAGUGAAAGUCAAAGAGACCCCAGACAACUAUAUCCACCUGAUCAGUUGCCACCUCCUCAACCCUACAGGCCAAGAAGGGGUCCGCCAUGUUUCCCUCCUCUCUAUGGCUUGAUACAGAAUCCACCUCCUCCUCCUUUUCGCUUUGGCCCAGGGCGAGUUCCACUUCAGUCCUUUCCACUGGGACCUCCACCCUUUCCAGGUUAUCCAAAUCCACCUUUCCAAUUAGGACCUUACCAUCCAAGACCUAUUAGGGGGCCAAUAUUCCCAUGUCCCCGAUUUCCUGUGUAUCCUACUAUUUACCUUACUUCCUCUAACCCUGAACCCCAAAUAAAAACAACCACCACUGCUACAAUAAUCACCUCUAAACCCACCACCACUGCUGCAGCAUACACCGACACUUCCAUGGAGCCCACCACGACUGCUGCCUCCUCAACAAAGCCCACCACCCCCACAUCAGCAGCAAUGACCCCCACAGCACCUACUGAAGAUGCUACUCAAAUUAUUACCCACCCUCCCGGCACCCUGUUGCUCAGUGCCACUCUCCCAGUGACAACCCCCUAUCCAACUACAGCAAGCAGCACGACCUCUCAGAGUCUUUGGCAAAAAUUCCUUUCCAUUUUUGGUUGA